AUGGAAUCUUAUAUCGACAACACCGUGCUUCCUGCAUUCGCCGUAGAGAACAAGUACCGCCUAGUCCAAUAUCAAGGGGAACGGAAGUGGCACGAGAGGUUCGUGAUUCUGAGGCCGACGCCGAGCAGCGACCCCAGGUCCAUUGGAUGGUGCGUCGUCGCGACACCAGACGGUGAUGUGUAUGGCGAGCCUUUGGCUAUUCCUAACGUGCGUGCCGUAGCAGUUCUUCCUGAUGAUCGGUCUCUGCCCCCUGGAGUGCUGCGACGUAAUGUGUAUCGCUUUGAGGAUGGCAGCAUUGGACAGGAACUUGGAGGACCGGAGAUUGCCCAUCUUCGCGGGCUUGCGCAGGCCGAGCUGGUUUCCCUGCAGAAUGACAUCGACCAGAUUGGCAUGGCUGUCGUGGCUGCUCCUGCAGCUGGGGGCGCCACCGCUGCGCAGGUUGCGAACACUGCUCCCGCGGCCGCUGGACCUGUCUUGGCGCCCACUGCCGGGUUUACCUGGGUGGUGGCGGCUUCGGAGGGUCACCGGGCUCGGGGCAGCCUUGUGCCGAUUGCUCAAGUCGUAGGUGGCUACCAAGCUGGUACAAAGGGGGUCGUAGGCCUCAGUGACGGGGCCAUCCUCUUUGUGGAGCUGAUCGGCAACCACGAAAUUGCUGGGUAUGCGAAGCCCUUCACUCCCGAAGCCCUCGCCAUUGCUCCUGCUGCAGCGCCGCCGGGCGCCAUUGCCAUGAAUCAGGCUGAUGAUGCGAGAACCUUGGCCGUUCGAUAUGGCACUGACGGCAAGCGGAGGCGGGAAUUGAGAGAAGGGGUUGAGCUUGCCUCGGAGAGUGGUUGGAGUGACUGGCCCAUAAAAGGGCCUCGCACGGCCAAGUGGGUCGGGCAGUACUUCGUGACCAACGGCGGGAGCCCCUUGGUGAUGCAUAACACGUGGAAGGUUAAUUGCAAGUUGCAGGGAUCGGACAACGGCGUGUUGGAGCACGAGAGCCUAUGCAAGGCUCUCGAGCUCGCUUUGGAGUAUGAUCAGCUGAACAUCGGCGAGCUGGCUUCGAUUGAGUUGCUAUGCCGCAGGUUGCAGAUGAUUCAGUACCGUUGGCGUGAACGCAUCGUGGGGGCGGUUUCCAAUGGCACGGUCGACGACGAGAGCCACUUCUUUCUCGGUGUCGACCCCACCCGCGGAAAUCUCUGCAUUUGCCCGGCUUUGAACACUUGGCUCGGCGAAGAGUUGCACAAGGAAUCCCAGGCGAACAAGGAGCAGCGAAAGGCCCGUGAGGAAAGGGCCCUGCUCCGAGCCGCCAACAAGGGCUCAGUUUUGAUUGCCGUGCCAUGCCUGAGGCUGGGUCGCGGCACGAGACAACGAAUUCGCCGGAGAAUGGAAGCUGACGCCUGGGCACACGAAGGUGUGCAGACUCUGAACGACUUGUACGGGAAACCCGAAGGGGUAAAAGGCCCAGCUCCAGUGGGGUCCCAUGCCGCGGCGCUUUCCAAUCUGGAGCAGCGGUACAGGCGCAUGGGUACUCCAACUUCUCGUCCCGAGGAAGCCCUUACGGCGCUUCUCGGCUCAAUGGCAGGGUAUGGAACCCUGGAUGUUGAGUGCACAACUCGUGCCAGUUUCGACGAGGCUCUUGUCUCAUGGCCUGCCCUGGGGAGCCAUCCUGUGAAGGUGGCGUCACUCCUGGGGGAGGAUUCCAAAAAGUUGUUGACUCUGGAAGGCGCCUCAGAGCUCAUUGCCGAUGCGGAAGCUGUGGGCAACAGUGAGUGCGUGAAGCCAUACAUCGAUCCAGUGUUAGCCAAUUCUCCUGUACAUAUGGGCAGAUUUCUUGCCCGGCUUUUUAAAUGUCGGAUGCUCCAACUGAUCCCAGGUCGUCGUGAACACACUGUUGGUGUCUUUUUCGUGCUUAAGAAGAGUGGUAAAUUACGGCUGAUUUUGGACACUCGCAAGGCCAAUACGUACUUUCGGAAACCCCGGGCCUCGCACCUGCCCACCCCAGCCGCUUGGACAAGCAUCGAGGUUGCGCCUGACGAUACCCUUUACACUGCUCGGAUGGAGUUGCCUCCUCAUCUGCGUCAGUAUUUUCGCCUCCCUGCCAUUAAGUGUCGGUUCUUGGAUAAAGAUAUGUGGCCGCAAGGUUGUGGACCCGAGGACUUUGUGACGCCAGAGUACGCCACUUUGCCUAUGGGCUGGAACUGGUCCUUGUACUUUUGUCAAUCCCUUCUUGAAUCGGCUGCGGCCCAGGCCGGACUUGCCGAAGAGGACCGGGUUGAGGACCGCACAUGGACGGGGAAGGUGAGCGGGGAUCGUAUUGUGCACGCGCAGUAUGUCGAUAACUUCUUCUGCAGUGGUACAAGCGCUGAGAAUGUGCAAGUGGCCUUUGAUCGCUUGAAGGACACGCUGGAGGGCUGGGGUUUCGAGAUACACGAGGUGAGCGAGGCACAGACGGUCGUCCAGGGCCUGGGCUUGGUUAUCGACGGGGAGCAGAAAUGUGUUUCCCUUUCGACGGCCAGGAUCUGGAAACUUCGUUUGGCCUCCCUCGCACUUUGCAAUCGAUGCAAGCCGCCAGAGCCCAAGGUCAUAGAAAAGAUUGUCGGCCACUUCACGUUUGCCAUGAUGAUCCGGAGGGAGACGCUUUCUGUGUUCAGUGAAGUGUACCGGUAUAUGCGGUGCGAAAGGCCUUCCUCGCGGAUGUGGGCAGCGGCUCGCAAAGAGAUCAGACAGGCCUCCUCGCUGCUUCCACUGAUGAGCACUCCCUUUGAUCUCCCUUGGAGUACAACAGUGCUUGCGACUGACAGCAGCGAAGUUGGCUAUGGUGUUUGUGCGCGGGAAGUUUGUAGCAAGCUCGUGACCGCCACUGCCAGGACCAGCGAAAAGUGGAGGUAUGCAGUCGAAGGUGCUGUCAAGGCCCGCGCGAGUGCACUUGGACUUGAUCCUGGGGGCUCGCACGAAGGUUCACUACAUGACGAGUGUGCUCGAGUUGUGCAAGCUGAGUUCAAGGAGGUGUGUCCCUCGAUUCUGGAUCCUUCGAAGUGGCAUGUGCUUUUUAGGGGCGCAUGGACUUACAGUGAGAACAUCCUCCGCACCGAGGGGCGUGCCAUGCUCAGUGGAGUUCGGCAUCUUCUGAGGACUCGCAGGUGCGCUGGGCAACGCUAUUUGCUUCUAGUUGACAACCUUUCACUCGCCUUAGCCUGCUGUAAAGGGAGAGGCGGUUCUAUGCUGGCGAACUCCACGUGCCGCCAGCUCGCUGCCCUCUCCUUGGCCGGCAACUGCAAAUUUCAUGUUCGUUGGACCCUCCAGCUCACAGUGCCGGCCCACGCGCCUGCAAAACUGCGGGGAGAGAAGCGCCGCCUGACGGGCCCGCCCAAUCAGGGCACGGCGGCUACUCUCGCGGGUACUCCUUCCCACCUCGAGCUGCACAAGGUAAGGAGAACAGCCACACAAGAUCGGUACAACACGACCGUGAACGCCUUCUUGCAGUGGUGCCUCGCCUACUUCCACUUGUCUCAGGACUGGGAUCGUUUACUGACGGCGUACAUCAACGAGCUCUUCGCCCAGGAGGCGGAUGUAAGCGCCGCGGAGUACGUUUUCGCAAGUUUUCGUUACCGGACAAUCCAAGCGCUGGAGGGCUUUCGCAACCUCGCGCCCCCGAAGAUGAGACUGCCUACACCCCGUGUGGCCUUCGCAGCCGUGGUGGGGGUGUUCCUCGCCAGAAGCCUUGUCGAGAUGGCGUUGGCUCUGCUACUUCAGUGGGAUCUUCUCCUUCGUCCCGGGGAACUGGUGGGCCUGCGCCCUCAGCAGAUUGUGAGGCCCGCGGAUUUGGCAGCCAUGCGCAGUUGGGGCGUCAUUCUCGCCCCAUCCGAUGGAGGGUCAAGCGAGCCAAGCAAGACGAAUGCAUUCGACGAGAGCAUUUUGCUGAGCCCGAGAAUCAAUCACCUUCUACCGAGUCUGGCAGCUCUUCUUCUGCGGCGGCAGCAAAGCCACUUCCUCUUCCCCUUCACGUGCAGUCAGCUAGCGGACGAGUUCAAGCAGGCCAUGGAAGUCCUGUCGUUGCAGGGGCUCAACGCCACCCUGUACGGCAACCGUCAUGGAGCAGCAAGUGGCCUUCGUUUGGAGGGCGUCCCGCUGGCGGAGAUCAAACGAAGGGGGAGGUGGCUGGCGGACUCAAGCGUGAAGAGGUACGAGAAGGCCACUGUGGCCCAGCAGCAAGUACACAAGAUCCCCAUCCCGGUCCAGAUUUACGGAGCCUUUGUGGAACAAGAGCUGGUCCGCAGCGCUGGAUUGAUGGAGCAAGCUCUGAAAGGACCUUCGCGCCCUGCAGUUCAGCAGCUGAGUCUCCGCUUCAAGCCGCUGCCCAGUGUGUAG